CGCGAUGUUUUUUCGUUUACUAUUCUCUAUUUCGAUAUUUACAAUCCAGAGGGCGUUAGCGUAAGAUGAUAUUUAUUCUCCAAGAACUGUAUGGAUAUUUCGAACGAAUGACAAUCCUCUUGUCGUAAAGCGAAUUCUCUAGAAGAUCAGAAGACGACGAGAUCGAGUCCAAACGAUUGAGAGUCAGCUGAUCAUUUGCAACUGACAAUUGUAGCAACUGAGAUGGAUGAUUACAGCAUCGAACUGGAUCAGGAGACCGGAUUUCACUGCUCGUUGCAUUUAUUCACCAACAUCGUGAACACUUCCGAAAUACGCGAGAAACUCAUCGCUGGGAAGCUUCGCUGUUGCAUGGCGAAAGCCUCGCUCAUUACGGAUGUUUUUCAGAUAGUGGUGGCUGCUAAUAAAGCCGCCCUCAACGCUCAUCGGGAUCGACUCAUCACCAAGACUGUAUACACAGAAAUUCUAUUUUGUUUAUCCAUGUCGAAAAACAUAUCUCGUUCCUUAAUCGAAUUUGGUAUCAGUGAUAACGAUAAGGAUAUCCUGGUGAUCUUGUUGCAUAAACCCAGUGAGGAACAAGCUAUGCUGGAGGAGAUCUUAACAAGUGUUAAGGGAAAGAAAGUGCCCAUUUCAAAAAUACAGGAGUUUACAAAUGUAGACCUGGUAAAAAAGACCUACAAGAUCGACAAAGAUGAACUACGUGCUUCCAGUCUCACUGACGCUGUUGUAUCAAGAAUUAGUUGUAAGGAUUUUAUGUUACUUAAAUAAGGAUCAAAGAGAAAAGGAUAGCAGUGCCUGUGACAUAUACAUUAUUAAUAAUGAUAAAAGAAACUUUAUUUAGAAUAUGAUUUAAGUAAACAGUGGAUAUGUAUAACGUUUGAACAGUCUACACGCUUACAAUAGCUUUUUGUAAGUCCAUUAUAUGCCUUGACGUUUUAUUUGCGAUACUUGUUUCUUUGUAGACUAUUUUGCAAAAUGUUGCACAUAUAUUUCUUGUACUAUAAGAAAUAAUAACAAAGUACUAUUUAUGAAAAAUCUGAUAUAUAAUAUACAUGAAAUGCAACUAUAAGUUGUCUAAUGCC